AUGUCUCAGAAGCUCUUGCCAAGAUAUGUUGGCCCUUAUCAGGUAUUGGCACAAGUUGGUGAUGUAUCCUAUAAGUUGGAUCUUCCGGAUGAGUUGUCCACUGUACAUGAUGUGUUUCAUGUCAGUUUACUGGUACCAUAUCGUGUUGAUGCGGAUCGCUCUAUGGACAUUCAUCCCCCUCCGGAAGUUGUGAAUGGUGACAUGGAGUAUGAGGUCGAAGCAACUCUCUUGUCUCGCAAAGCUCGUGGUGGUCGUUCCAAGGAAUAUUUAGUUAAGUGGAAAGAAACGUGCAUCUUGGACCUACGAGAGAAUUCAGCACCUGCUGAGGUCAUAAGAAAAGCUGACCUGCCCAUAUGGGAUGAAAUAAGCAUGCUCAAGCAAGCUGAGGAAGAUUUGCGAAGCACAAAGGCAAAACAUGAAAACUUUCAGAAGCAGGCACAGGCCUGUGAAAUUGAGCUUCAGAAAUUGCACAGGCAGCAAGAGAUUCGAAUGCAAGAAUGUGUGAACAAACUACAGGGUUGA